GUCGGGGUUCGACUCCUUGAAACAGGGCCACUAUUUAUUCAGAACAGCUGAGCAUCAGUGAUAAGAAGAAUUGAGAAGAAUUAUCGAAAAUGAGCUGUGCAGUAAAAGGAUGUAAGAAUUAUAACUGGAAAACGAGAAAUAUGCCAGGAAGAAAAGUUCAAUACUUCUCUUUCCCGAAGGAUAAUGCAAUGGUUUUGAAGUGGCUGGAAGUUUGCAAGAAACAAGACCUCUCCAUUGCUAAAGCAAAGACAGCAAGGAUAUGUUCAGUACAUUUUGAACCGUCCUGUUUCGAAAAAUCGUUGCAGCAGAAACUGCUGCAGUACUCUCCGAAAAGAGUUCGGAAAAUAAGAAAAGAUGCUAUUCCUACAUUGCAUUUGUUUCACAACUUGCAAGAAAAGAAUACACCAUUGUUUCAUCAGCUGCCAGAAAGAAUGGAUGUGUCAUUGGAUGUCGAAUCUGGUUCUGAUGCAAUGACAAAUACGUCAAUGUCUUCCAUCGUCAAGUAUGAGGAAGAAAUCGAUGAUGUAAUUGCGCCUGCAGAUGUGAUGGAUGCAUCCUUGAAUGCCAACAAAGCCCCUGAUGGGAUGACAAAUCUCCCAAUAUCCACCAUGCAUAAGGCUGAUCAAGAUAUUACUGCAUUGAUAUACGUCAAUGAUUCGAGUGAGGUCAUCGAUGCUGUGCCUGCAAAUGUUAUGGAUUCAUCAUCGACAGCAGAUACCUGUUGCGAAGCGAAAGAAGAAACGUCGAAACAGGUGAUCACGCGACCGAAGCGUGACAUUCCAGAAUAUUCGGCACAUAGCGAGUGCCGCGAGAAUAUACGCAAGGCAGGCACUCGGUAA